CACAGUGUUUUAUAUAUAUGUACGCUCGUCGACUCGUCCUCGUCGUCAUUUUGACAGUAGCAGUAAUACAAUAGUGUCAAUUUGCAAGACCAGUUUGGAUCAGUCUGAAAAAUGGCAAACACGUUUCUGUAUUUCGCUUAUGGGAGUAAUUUAUGCACUAAGAGGAUACAUUUAUGUAAUCCGACCGCAAUAAUGAAAGAUAUUGGUUACAUAAAGAAUUUUAGGCUGGAUUUUUACAGAUAUUCUAAACGAUGGCAUGGAACAUCUGCCACAAUUGUAGAAACAGAACAUUCAGCGGUAUGGGGUGUAGUCUGGGAAUUAGACAAGUGCAAUUUAGCUACAUUAGACUGUCAGGAAGGUGUUCAAGAUAAUAUAUAUCAUGCAAUGUCAGUAAAUGUUGAAACUCCUGAUGGUAGAACUCUAAAUUGUCGAGUGUACCAGCAAUGUAAUAAUCCAAAGAAAUAUAUAAAGCCAGAAGACUUUCCAAUGGAUAAGAGACCUUCACCAUUAUACCUAAAUACGAUAUUAAAAGGGGCCGAAGAAAACAAACUUCCCACUGAUUAUAUAAAAUUCUUGAAAACUAUUCCAGAUAAUGGAUAUGAAGGCAAAUACGACAUUAGCUUUUCUCUGCUUUAAAAUUGACAUCUACAACAUUUUUAUUGUACGCAUAUUUUUGAUAAUAUGGCUGGAGGACCACAUAUU